AGAAGGGCCCCGCCGGGACGCCAGCAGGGGCGGGACGGCCCCAGGGCGGCGGGCGCUGCGAGGCGGAGGAAGGCGGCGCCGGAGCCCCGGAGGAAUAAGGCCACGGUCAAGGGCAGAGUCGUGAAGUCGGCGAUAGAGGAGUAUCAUAAGAAGAAGGCCGUGAAUCACUUGAGAGCAAACCUGCAGUACAUGCUGAAGGGACGAUUUGUUGCAAACAAAACCAUCACAGAACAAGUUCUUGCUCAGAACAGAGGCAGGAAGUCAAAAGAUCAGCCUCCAAAGAAGGCGGCAAAGAAGAAACCCGAGGGCACUGUCUUUACUGAGGAAGAUUUCCGUAAAUUUGAGAGAGAAUACUUUGGGAGACCGUAAACAACAUGACACGGAUUCUCGCAGCUCCAGUCUUUCUGCAGCUGAGUGUUCAGCACGCAGGACUGGCCAUUUCCUCAGCGUGUUUGAGAUGAGACACAGGAGACGUGCCUCUGUCAACAAGUGCUUUAAUGUGACACUUGCAGAGAAACUCUGCAUCUGUGCAGAACUUGUGACUGGCCAGCUAGAGCCAUGGAGGUUCUCUUGGCUCUGAGGUGUGUGGUCCUUAUAAUCUCCAGCCAACGUGUCUUGCAUUCUUAGUGUAGAAGGGCGGACCAAGACAAAUAUAAAUCUUGUGCCACUUCCUCAGGAUGUAAGGCUGCUGCUACUUGUGUUAUUUGGCAGGGAGCAUUUAAAGUACCGUAUCUGAAUGGAGAAAUGUUUUGGACCAGCAGUAAUAAAUCAUCGGAAGGGAAGGAUGCUUUCAAGAGACUGUUAAACCUGAGUAGCCUUGCAGUUUCUGUUCUUAUUACAGCCUCUGUCAGGUUUUUCAGUCAUUGCAAAAACUUUGUUAUGUGUCGUUUGAGUAAAUAAUUGUUGCAGACACUGCC